AUGGCGGACCAAGAACAAGAAUUGAAGCGAGUAAGCUCAGAACUCGAAGACCUACGAGGAAACAUGGGUCAGGUCAUGGAGAUACUACAGGUCAUCAGGGCAAAGUUGGACACCCAAACGACGGUCGUUUCAGAAAUCGUCGGUCCCACGAUUGAACCCCAACCUGCAAGGACAGUACCAACCACCUGGCCAGCCUAUGGUUUACCUCCUAGUUUCACACCUCCAGUUGAAGGCGCCCCUGGUUUUGCACAAUCCACUCAGCAGACGGCUCCUCUACCAACCAUCAAUGAAAAUCAUCCAGUGGUCCAUACGUUCGCACCUCCUCUCGUUCGUGCACAUGUGCAACCUUACUUCGAGGAUCAACAACAUGCUCCGGACUUUUCGGACGAAGAUGAUGAAAGGAAGGAAGACAUAAUAGGGAUGAAAGAGAAUUUCCAGAUUCUUGAAAAAAGGUUAAGGGCUAUGGAAGGCGACCAAGUUUUUGGUGCUACUGCUAAGGAGAUGUUCUUAGUGUCAGGUCUUGUGAUUCCUGCAAAGUUCAAGACCCCAGAUUUUGAUAGAUAUGAGGGCCACUCGUGUCCUAAAACUGUCACACCAAAUUUCAUCCAGUCACAAGCUCUUGUCUAUCAACCUGUUCAACAAGCACCAGUAUACCAGCAAGCGCCCGCGCCACCUGUUUAUCAACAGCCAAGGGCACAGGCUCCUCAUCCACAAAAUCCUCCAAAUCAAAAUAGGGUACAGAGAGGUAGACUUCCGUUUGCUUCAAUCCCUAUGACAUACACUGAAUUGUACCCAUCGUUACUACAAAAAGGGUUGGUGACUCCCAGACCUUUGGGUCCUCCGCCAAAUUCUUUACCUCCAUGGUACAAUCCAAAUGCCCAUUUUCCUUUCCAUGGGGGUUCCCCUGGACAUGAUUUAGAGGGAUGUUAUGCCUUGAAGCAUAUUGUGCGAGACCUGGUUGAGAAGAAGAUUCUUUCAUUCCGAGAUGUUGGACCCAACGUGAAAAAUAACCCUUUGCCAGCGCAUGGUGAUGUUAAUGCCAUCGAGGAUGCUUCCGAUGUUUGUAUAAUAAAAAAUGUUGAAAAUGUUAAAACUCCAUUGCUAGCACUUCAUGCAAGAUUGGUGGGGGCUAGAUUGAUUGAUACAUGUCACGACAACUGUGAAGAAUGUGUCGUUCAUCCAAGAGGAUGUAAAGUGGUACAAACUGAUAUUCAAAAUUUGAUGGAUCAAGGUGUUUUGCAAAUUUGUGGUCCUACAACAAGCGAGGAAGUUUCAGUUAUUGAACCCGUUUUCAAUCUACCAGAACCGUUUGAGCACCAAGGCGGUACCCUGAAGUACGACAUAACAGUGGUAGAUGGAGUGGUAGAUGGAAAACCCAAAGCUGCUGAAAGUAAGAAAGGUUUGGAGAAUGUUGAUACCGACAUCACUAACAUCGCAGGGACAAGCAGGAUGACCCGCAGUGGUCGGAUUUAUACUCCCAAUAUUAAUGUGAACCCUCAAGAGCCAACAAGGGAAGCUACAAAUGUAAAUCCUACCCCAGAGCAUGGAGGUGCACAGCCGGCUGUGCAAGCAGAUGAAGCGAGUGAGUUUCUAAGGAUAAUAAAGAAAUCCGACUAUAAGAUAGUUGAUCAGUUACAUCAAACACCAUAA